UUGGCAAAAUAUUGUGAAUUAUUUCCUAAAAUGGAUUCAAGCAUAGAUAAGAAACUAUGUAGGAUAGAUAGUGAGAUUUCAGGGAACAAAUGUUACGAGUCUAUGCAACAUAUACUAAGUCUUGUAAAAAGAAACCUUUUGAGAAACAAAUAUAAGGAAUCCCUGGAAAUUCUUUACAAUUACGCCUCCAUUUUUAUUGAGAAGAAAGAGUUUAUUCUGGCUGGCGAGCUUAUGGAUGAAUAUGCAAAAGUUGCUGAUAAAGGAAAAUUAUUCUGUAACAUAAAAGUUAUCAAUAAUAUUAUCUCCAUCUUUGAGUCACCUUGGACUUCUGCUGCAUUUAGUUCCACUUCAAACGAUCAAAAAAUGGACGACUACUCUGUCACAAUGCUUCUGUACAUUAAAUUUAUGAACCGGGCAAUCUCAUUCAGUAAAUCUGAAACUCAUCCACACGGGAAUCCACUUUUUCACAAAUCGAUCGGACGGUAUUAUAUUCACGAAAAGGACUAUGUAAAGGCGCAAGGUAAUCUUGUAUACUCCCAAGACGUAGAAUUGUUGCUUUCUAUGAUAAACGAAUGGAAGAAACAUGCAAGCGAAGACGAACAUGAUUUCUUUUAUUUGAGGGCUAUUUUAAUGCUGGUUGCUUGUGGAGAUAUUUGUAAUGCCAAGUGUUUUAUCUACUUAUUGGACGUUAACCUAGAGGAUCCAGAGGUGCCUUUGCCAAUACAGUUAGCUCACCUACUCACGGAGGCGUGUGAUCCUCCAGAUGAAAAGUUGUUUGAAAAGAUUUGUCAUGUAUAUCAACCAAUACUCGAUUUAGAUCCAGAAUACAAAGCACUUGUAAAAACGAUAAGAGACUCCUACUUUGGACACGAUACAGGUGGAGGUUUAUUCAGCGGAUUAGGAGGAGGAUUAAGCGCACUCAUGAGGAGUUUCAUGUAA